AUGUUGGAAGUAUGCAAGCAACAAGGACACAAGGAAGGUUAUUGCAACAGCAACAAGAAUGCGCCGUCGAAACCGUUCAAACAGGCCAAAUCCAAAAAGAACGUGAAGACAAAAAGCAUCUACACGGUUCGCAACAUCGGAAGCAAGCGGAAGUUCAUCCCGGUCGAGCUCAAUGGUGUAGCAGUCAAACUUCAACACGACUCGGUGUCCGACAUCACCAUAAUCUCAGAAGAAACAUGGAUCAGCAUCGGACAGCCACCCACUCAACCGACGGAAGAAUCUGCAGUUACAGCUUCUGGUGGCAAUCUCAACCUUCUCGCUGAGUUCCAGACCGAGAUCACCAUCAAGAAUGUUACCAAUACUGGUCGCAUUUUCAUCUCAAGCAGCGCUGAACUCAACGUUCUAGGAAUCGAGACUAUGGAUCUGUUCGAUUUGUGGUCUGUGCCGAUAAGCAGCUUGGUCAACGUCGUACACCAACGUUCUGAUCAGUUCACCAAUCAACUCAAGCAACAGUUUCCGGAAGUUUUUCGAAGCACGCUGGGUAGAUGCACAAAAGCGCAAGUGAAGUUGUACCUCAAGCCUGACGCACGUCCUGCAUAUUGCCCGAAACGACCAGUAGCGUACGCUGCAUUCGCCAAGGUGGACGCAGAACUUGAGAGGCUCCAGCAAAACGGUAUAAUUUCUCCAGUUCAAUUCUCGGACUGGACAGCACCAAUAGUCGUCGUACGCAAGUCGGACAAUGUAUCAGUCCGUGUAUGUGGCGAUUAUUCGACGGGGCUGAACAACGCGCUAGAAUGUGACCAUCAUCCACUGCCUCAUCCUGACGACCUCUUUGCGGAACUAGCUGGAGCACGUUACUUCACUCAUCUCGAUUUGUCUGACGCUUACCUACAGGUCGAGGUCGAGGAGGAAUCGCGAAAGCUACUCACGGUCAACACGCAUCGUGGACUGUUCCAGUAUAACCGACUACCCCCCGGAGUCAAGUCGGCACCCGGCGCUUUCCAGCGCAUCAUCGACAGCAUGGUGGCCGGCAUCCCUGGAGUCAAGCCGUAUUUGGACGACAUCCUCAUCGCUGGUCGCACCAAGCAGGAACACGAUCGCUGUCUCUACGCUGUUCUCGAGCAGAUCCGUGAGUAUGGCUUUCACCUACGCCUCGAAAAAUGUCGUUUCGCACUCUCCCAGAUCAAGUUUCUCGGACACAUCGUGGAUAAGGACGGUAUUCGGCCUGACCCUUCAAAAACAGAAGCCAUUUCCAAGAUGCAGUCUCCGAAGGAUGUCCAGCAACUCCGUUCCUACCUCGGUGCUGUCAACUACUAUGGUAGAUUCGUUAAGCAGAUGAAGCAACUCAGGGCUCCUCUGGACAGCCUCCUCAAGAAAAAUGCACGCUGGAACUGGACCAAGGAUUGCCAGAAGUCUUUCGAGCAGCUCAAGGCCAUUCUACUUUCCGACCUGCUGCUUACACACUGCGACCCGUCCAAGGAAAUCGUUGUUGCAGCAGAUGCAUCGAAGUACGGCCUUGGCGCUGUCAUCAUGCAUCGAUUCACGACCGGUGAAGUGACGGCAAUUGCGCACGCCUCGCGCUCACUGACCCCAGCAGAGAUGAACUACGGACAAGUGGAGAAGGAAGCAGUGGCCCUGAUAUUCGCUGUCACCCGUUUCCACAAAAUGCUGUAUGGACGACACUUCCUCCUGCAAACCGAUCAUCAACCGCUACUCAAGUCCAACGGCCAAGCGGAGCGAUUCGUUGAUUCACUCAAGCGUGGCCUCAAGAAGCUAGCCAAGAGGGAAGGAUCAUCCACACUGGAGCACCUGCAGACAUUCCUUUCGGUGUAUCGUUCAAUCCCAAACCGAAACACACCGCACUCGACGUCUCCAGCAGAAGCAUUCCUCGGAAGACCAGUGCGCACCACUUUGGACCUACUGAAGAAACCUGUUUCUGUAACUGAAGCUGUCAAGAACCACAAACAAAACGAACAGUUCAAUUGGCGGCAUGGAGCAGUCAAGCGCGAGUUUGAAGAAGAUGACCUGGUCUACGUUGAACAGCAUCGCAGAAACGCCAAGUCCUGGAUUCCUGGUCGAGUCAUCGAACGGAAAGGUUCCGUCAACUAUAUCGUUGCACUGGACAUAAACGGGAGACCGAAGCUGAGCAAGCGACGCAGCAACUACCAUGAGAAAUCCUGCUUGAUGAAAUUCAAGAUGAAGCUGUACCGUUGGAUCCAGAAGUGCCAUUCAAUAACGAUGUCCCUAUUCCUGUUGGUUCCGUAUCACUCGAAGCUGAUGGUCGAGUGGCAAGUACGUCUGGCGAAAAUCCUUUUUCGACAAUCGAUCAUGAACCUGCUGCUCAAGAUGGAGAACUUCAGUCCGCACAAAGGCCCGUGUCAUCUGAAGCAGUUGGAGACUUUAUUGACGUUCUGUACGAGAAUCAAGAAUUCCAAGAUGGCUCUCUUCCUAUGA